AUGGCCAGUUCCUCUGUUCCUAAAAUAAAAAAUAUUUGUGUUUUUUGUGGAUCCAGUCCUGGGAAAGAAAAAGAGUUUUCAGAAUUAGCAAAUCAUCUUGGUCGGGUACUAGCUGAGAGAAAGAUUCAUUUAGUGUAUGGGGGAGGCAGUCUUGGGUUAAUGGGGAGUGUUUCAAUAGCUGUAUUUUUAGGAGGCAGUCAAGUUUUGGGGGUCAUCCCCAAAACUUUAGCCGAAGGGGACAUCAUUGGAAAAACAGUCGGAGAGGAACUACAGGCCUCCACAAUGUCUGAACGACUAUCUGUAAUGUUUAACCAUGCUGACGCCUUUAUUGCUUUACCAGGUGGUUUGGGAACUUUAAAAGAGAUAUUUCAUAUUUCAUCUUGGGCUCAGCUGAACAUUCACCAGAAACCUAUAGGUUUGCUAAAUGUUAAUGGUUUUUAUAAUACUUUACUGUCUUUUCUUGAUCAUGCUGUGGAACAACAAUUUCUAACAUUUUCAGCGCGACAAAUCCUUAUCUCUGCUGCUACUGCUGAACAAUUGAUUGAUGAACUUCAAUCUUUCAUCCCUGUAGUUGAUUCCUCUAUGAGUCGACUUAAUUGGUCAAUCACGGAACGCCGUAAAAAGCUUAGAUUGGAUUUGAGCCUUAGUCUGUGA